CUUCAUAUCCCAACAUACAUUCUCUCACACAAACUUCUUUUUGUAUUAUCUCCUCUUCUUUUCCAAAAGUAAGUUACCCAAUCCGUCAGAGUCCACUGCAACUGUAAUCCGUCUGUCUCCGAUCCUUUGGAUAAACUAAGAUUUAGCAUGGCCUCAACUUGCAUAUCAAACUGUGUGGAUGCCAAAGCCCCCGUCAGAGCCACCUAUGUAAACCUCUACAAGUGGCCGGAAUCCGACGUCGAAUUCGUAAGGUCAUUGAGCUCUAACGGACGCAAGAAUGGCGGCGGCCACGGUGGUGCCGCUGGUCUCAUGCAUCCUACGGUGGUGGACAGUAUUUCGUGUCGACAGUUAUAUUUAAGAAGCUACACUUUCUCAAGGGAUGAUGAGUUAAACGUAGCUAAACGUAAGAGAAGUUGUAGAAGAUUCAGGGACAGGGUGUCUGCGGCUAACAAAAGAAAGCGAAAGCUAAGAGGCGGUGGCGGCAGCAGCUGUAGUAGCCAUGGCUGCGAAGGUGGCGCCGGUGGUAGAAGGAAGAAACGCACGGGGUUUAGAAGGGCCAAGGAAAUGUCAUGUGUUGCCCUGGCGGCGAUUUUCAGGCGGUUGCUUUCUUGCACCACCAAGGUUGAUGUGGUUGGUUGAUCAUUAUAAAUAAUAUUUCUUCUUUUUUCUUUUCUACUUCUGUCUUUGUUGUGCAUUUUUCUUAUAUUUAUGUCGAUAGAAUUAAAUGCUGUUUAAAUGUUACUAUAUAUUUGAAAAAAAAAAAAGGGUUUGGUGCGUAUGUAAUCUACUUCUCCCCGUCGGAGUGCAUGCCAUGAUUUAUUUCAUCACGGUGCUUGUAAAACUUCCAUAAACUAUGUACUUUUAGUUUUUUGAGGUUCUGAUAAAAUAUUA